CUGUCGUCCCGACCGAUAAAACCCUCGUUGGAGCGCUUGCCCGCCAAUCCCGUGCGCGUCUGAUAGUCACGUCCAACACGCGUCUCGGCUCGCCAUUGGCCGCAAACCCGCCCAGGGGUUGGUAUCGAUCAUCCCUUACACGAGCCCGAUGCUUUUCAUAUAUAAAGCGGCCUCCCCAGGGACAUCGUCAAUAGUUGAAUUUCGCGUAUUCUCCGUGCGGACACUUCUUCGUUUGAGCAAUCAAUUGUUCGAUUGAUCAUCAAUAAAGAGAUAAAAAAAUUUGCGCAAAAUCUGUGCGCGAAUUAGCGCGUUAUGAAAAAAUUUCGAAUUUUUUGAAAAAAAAAAAAGAAAAAAAUUAAAAAAAGAUAUCAAGAGAAGUUGAGCUAUAUCUAGUAGUUAGUUAAUUCGUGAGAUACAAUUUACGGGGAUACAAACGAGACGAAUGAGAUUGUGAAAACGUGCAUUAUGGCGAAUCAUCAUCCCUCGUAUGACUUUGAGGACAGGAGCCAGAGGAUCCGCCAUCGGGUCGGCACCGCGUCAAGACCUGCAGAUUCCACCGUGGCUUGUACCAGUACUCAGUAUUACGUGGGUCACAAUAGCGAUAUCACUGAGGAAGAUUUGGCAGAAUUACCUUCAUGUGUUUAUGCGAGCAGGUCCACGCAACAUGUCACGCACACAUCGCCACAUACACAUUCCCCUUUGCACUAUCACAUGCCAGUUUCAACGCCAGAUCAUGACACAGAAAUGAACGGCGUAGAAGAGGGUUAUUAUCCAAAUGGUAGUCCUUAUAGAAUUCAAAGACACGCAGCUAAUAUUCGUGAAAGAAAACGUAUGCUGAGUGUGUUUCAUUCCAUAGGACACAUAGAUAUCAUCAACUCGGCUUUCGACGAGCUCCGGGUCCAUGUACCGACCUUUCCUUACGAGAAGAGAUUGUCGAAGAUCGACACCUUGCGCCUGGCCAUAGCAUACAUUGCGCUCUUACGUGAAGUUCUAGCAGCCAGGCUUGAUCCUUUGACGUACGUUGAGAGGUGCCUUAGGGGUGAAAUAAAUGGCGAACGCGCCGAAUGGAACACGAGUGAUCUGACGGCACGCUUGUCCUGGAUAAAUUGGGAAAAUUUGGGAGUAAACCCAAAUCGUCGAUCAGUGCUUACUACUCUAGCACUGACAACUGACAAUAUGAAUUGAGUAAUCGUAACAAGACAUUUGGCCGCGGAUUCUUCUUUUCUUUGUAAAUAUCUUAUGAAUAGAAAAAGAGAAAAAAAAAGAAAAUGCUAAAGUCUUUUUCGCGACUUCGAUUUUAGUUCACGUGCAAUACGAGCGACGAAUAUUGUAUUCAGAUAUCUAUAUGUACGUGUAAAAGACUAGAGAGUUAGUACAAUUUAGUAUUGGCUUUGAAAUAAAAUCGAUGCUAUUCGAGA